UUCAAUCGAGUCAGAAUGAAGUUCCUAGUAGCGUUUGCGUUGGCCGGCCUCGUGGCGGGUAAGGCGGUGGAAUCUCCUCAAUCUCCCGUGGAGAUGGACUACCAUGGGAAGAUUGGUAUACCGGUUGCUGCUCGGCUGAAGGCCGCUGAGGAAGCUCAGGAUUUCGAUGGCUCCAGGAUUGUCGGAGGGUCCCCGGCUGCUUUGGGACAGCAUCCGUAUGUUGGCGGCCUACUGAUCACCCUGACCAACAGUCAAACCUCAGUCUGCACUUCCUCCCUUCUCUCUACCACCCGCGCCGUCACCGCUGCCCACUGCUGGAGCACCCUCACCCACCAGGCUUCCUUCUUCACCCUUGUCCUUGGCUCCCUUCUCCUCUUCUCCGGUGGCAACAGGAUCAUCACCAGCGACGUCGAACAACAUCGCAGAUGGAAUGGUCUCCUGCCCGUGAAUGACGUUGCCAUCAUUAGAUUCCCUGCUAUUUCUCUCACAAACACGAUCCAGCCGAUUGCUAUCGCCACCGGCAGCAACAGUUUCGUCGGCAGCACCGCCUAUGCUGCUGGCUUCGGUGUCACCCGAGAUGAUGGUGCAAUCACAACGAAUCAGUUCCUCUCCCACGUGGCAGUCCAAGUGGUGGACAACUCAGUCUGCACGGCUGUGUACACCAUCCUGAACGUGCGAGCAUCCACCCUCUGUACUUCUACCACUGGUGGCCGAGGGACCUGCGGUGGUGACUCCGGUGGUCCUCUGGUCCUUGGAAACCAGCUGGUUGGUAUCACCUCCUUUGGACACAGAGAGGGCUGCGAAGCUGGCCACCCUGCUGGCUUCAUGAGGGUGACUUCUUUCGCUGAUUGGAUCCGGGCUCGAUUGUAAACAUAAGUGACUGAUAUUAUAAUAUUUAAGUACUA